AUGCGCACUCUACUGCUACUAAUAUGGGCAUCUUUGGCCCUUUUGAUCGGUUUGGCUGCAACUCACCCAGGAGAAGACCCUAUAAAGGAGGCUGCCGAGCGUCGCGCAUUCCUUGCUAGCACUCCACACUUACAGAAGCGCUGUGCUGCACAUCUGGAAGCUCGAGGUCAUACUAAGAGAUCGGUAGAUCGUCGCCGUUCUUUCUUUGAGGAAGCACGUAAAGCUCGUGGUAUCGUUUCAGAUGCAAGGCGAAACGAGAUUACCAGUGUACUUGCAACGGACCAUAACCGCACUUUAGGUUAUCCUAAUGCUACCUCUGUGACGGAUCCGGAUUCCUUCUUUACAGACUCGUCUUCAUGUAUUCUCAUGCCAGAAGUUCCUCUUGCUGAAGGUCCUUACUAUGUUGAGGGAGAGCUAGUCCGCUACAGCGGCGUUGAAGACUUAAUCGGGAUCACCAUGUUGAUGGAUGUCCAAUUCAUUGAUAUUGAGACAUGUGAGCCUGUACCCAACCAGUAUGUUGAGUUUUGGGAAGCCAAUCAAACAGGAGUAUACAGCGGUACCGUGGGCAAUGGCAAUGGCAACCCGAACGACUUGCCCAACCUUAACAAUACCUUCUUGCGUGCCAUUCAACCAACUGAUGGCAACGGUGUGGUCCAAGUUGAACUCCUUUUCCCAGGUCACUACGCUCCACGAGCCACACAUACCCACUUUGUAGUUCACCAAAAUGCUACAUUACUUCCAAACAAUACUCUUACAUACAGUGACAUCAGUCAUGUUGGUCAAAUUUUCUUUGACCAGGACCUCAUCUAUGAAGCUGAUACCGUCUACCCAUAUACCCUCAACCAAAAUGCAAUCUUGCCGAAUGCUGAUGAUAAUACAUUAAUUGAUGAAGCCGCCACCACUGACCCAGUCGCUAAUUACCUCUAUCUUGGAGACGAAGUUAGUGAUGGUAUACUUGCAUGGAUCACAGUUGGAAUCAAUACUACUUAUCAAUAUACUCUCCAACCUGCUGCAUGGUGGACUGCUGAUGGAGGGGUUGAGAAUCCUGUUGAACCAUCCACUCAUAAUGAUGGUUAG